GACACUGCGUUACUCAAAAUUGUUAUAUUUUCUUAAUUCAGCUUUGGUAAUUCAUACAUUUCUAGAAAUAUUUCAUUUCCUCUGUGUUUUCUACCCUAUAUGAAUAAGAUUUUCAAACUAGGUAUUUAUGAUCUUCUGAAUUUCCAUGGGCUCUGUAUUUCACCCUUUUCAUUCCUUAUUGCAUGAAUUUGAGUUUUUUCUUUCUUUUGCUUGAUAAGAUUGGCUAGAAGUUUAUCAAUUUUGUUUAUUCUCUUAAAGAACCAGCUCUUUGAUUCAUUAAUAUUUUGAAUUGUUUUCUUAGUCUCAGUUGCAUUAAUUUCUGCUCUGAUGUUUAUAAUUUCCUACCUUUAUGAGCUUUUGGCUUUACUUACUCUUCUUUUUCUAGAAGUUUGAGGUAUAGCAUUACGUUUUUUAUUUGUGCUCAUUUGUUUUCCUGAUGUAACAAUUCAUUGCUAUAUGUUUCCCUCUUAGGACAGCUUAUAUUGUAUCCAACAGAUUUCAGUACACUGUAUCUGCAUUUUCACUGAAUUUUAAGUAUUGUUUAAUUUCUUCUUUAAUUUCACCUGUAACCCAUUGAUUGUUCAAAAGGUUUUUAUUUAAUUUCCAUGUGUUUAUGUAGGUUUUACAGUUUCUUUUGCCAUUAAUUUCCAAUUUCAGUGCACUAUGGUCAGAUAAUAUACGUGGGAUAAUUUCAGUUUCUGCAUUUACUUAAGAAUGUUUUAUGGAAUAAUACAUGGUCUAAUUUAGAGACUGUCCUAUGUGCUGGUGAAAAGAAUGUGUAUUCUAAUGUGGUUGGGUGGAAUGCUCUCUAAACAUCUACUAAGACCAUUUGUUUGCAGGUUUGGUUCAGUUCUGUUGUUUCUUUGCCGACUUUGUCUAGUUAAUCUCUUUGUGACAGUGGGGUGUUAAGGUUCCGUUACAAUUGUGUUAUUGCACAUUUGCUUUUUAUGUUCAUUAAUAUUUGUCUUAUAUAGUUGGGUGUUCCUGUAUUUGGUGCAUAUAUAUUUAUGAUUUUUAGCUCUUUCUCUUGGAUUAUUCCCCUAACAGGUAUGUAGUGACCUUCUUUAUCACUUUUAGUCAUUUUUAGUUUGAAGUUCACAUUGGCUGCAAACAGAAUAGCUACUCCUUCUUUUUUCUGGGUUCCUGUUGCAUGGAAUACUGUUUUCCAUCCUUUGACUUUUAGUCUAUGACUUUCCUUUUGAGUCAGCUGUGUUUCUUGUAUACAGCAUACUGUUGGAUCUUGUUUCUUGAUCCAUUCUGUCAACCUAUUUCUUUUAGUUGGUCAAUUGAGGCCAUUUACAUUUAUGGAUAUUACUGAUAUGCACUGACUCAGCUUUGUCAUGUUAUUUUCCUGUUACUGGUUUCCUGCUUUUUCCUCUUGUUUAAUUGCUUACUCUGUCUGGUGGUUUGUUUCUGUUGUUGUGCUGGAAACUGUAAUCACUUUUAUCUCUAAUUAGUAUGUCUUUCAGCAUUCUUUCAAGAGUUGGUUUGGUGGACAUGAAUUCCUUCAGUUGUUCUUUGUCAUGGAAGUAUCUUAUUUCUCCAUUAAUUUUCAAAGAAAAUUUUGCAGGGUACAUUAAUCUGGGUUGAAAGGUGUUUUUUUUUCAGGCUUUGAAACACUUCACUCCAAGCUUGUCUUGACUUGCGGGUUUGUAAUGGGAAGUCUGCAGUGAUUCUGAUAGGCUUACCUUGAUAGGUGAGUUGUGCCUUUUCUCUAACAGCAUUUACUAUUUUUUUUUUUGCUUAAUUUCUGGGAUCUUAAUUAUUAUGUAUCUGAGUGUAGAUUUAUUUUGCUUAUGACUGGUGUCUAUCUGUUGGUGUCUAUCUGAGUGUAGAUUUAUUUUAGUUAUGACUGUUCGGUGUCUCACUUAUCUGUAUAUCUGAUUCUUUUCCCAUAUUUGGGAAAUUUUCUGCUACCAUUUCUGCGAAUAGUUUAUCAGGAUCAUUUGUGUUGAUUCCUGAAUCUUCAGUGAUGCCUAUUGUCAUAUAUUAUUUCUCUUUGCAUCAUCUUGAAGCUGUUGAAUUGUCAUUUCAAGCUCUCUUGUUAUUUUUGAAAGUGCUUUCCUUUCAUAAUCACUAGUUGUGAUCUUGUCCUCAGUGUCUGAAAUUCUGUCCUUAGCUUCAUUCAAAUGGUUUCACCAGCUUUCAAUAGAAAUUAUUUCCUGGUAUCUCUGAAUUUGUUUCAUGCAUUCUACUUCUUUUCUAUCUUGUUCAUUCAAGGUUUCCAUCAUUUUCUCAUGGUCCUGUACCUUUUUUUUUUUUUUUUUUAACUAUGUCUUCUUUAGCUAUGCUGAGAAGCUCCUUUAUUAAGGUUGUCAUUUCUUUACAUGUGAGAUUAUUUCUAAUCUGAUUUUCUCUAUAGCCUCAUGGUUUUAUUUCUUUAUUUCAUUUGCUAUCUUUUCAGAAAUUUCAGUUGUAUGACUUUUAAUGUCUUGUAUUUCAGUGUCUUUUGUACUUGUUCCUGAUGGACUGGACAUUUGAGAUUGCAUUUUGCUUUUUCGUUUUAUUAUUUUUAGGGGUUAAUAUUUUGCUCUUUUCAAUCCCACUAGUCUCCACUGUCCAUGUGUGUGUCUUAGGGUCCUACUAAAUGGUUGAUAUUUGUCCAGUGCUGGUUCCCACAAUGAAAGGAAGGGGCCAGUCACCUGAAUUCCUCCUGUAGGGCCUGUUGGGUGAGUCCUGUAUUCUUCCAGAGAUGACUAGCCUAGGAGUAUUGAUGUAAGCCAACACUUAGCUCAUGUUGUUACCGUGACUUCAGGCUUUUCUAGGCUGCCAGAUAUACCUGGUAUAGUGUACAACUCAGCUGGAAUCCUACUUUGUCACUGGGUGUCUUAUCAGCCCUUUCGAUUUUCUCCAGGUUAGGGGAUGCCUUUUUGGCACUCUCCUCAACCCACCUAGUGUUCUCUGUAUGGAAAAAAGAUUCACCCACACUCUUGCCACAUUGCCAAGGUCCUACAGCGGGUGGAGAGUUCACUGCUGCACCUAUUUACUCACUGAGGUCCUCUAAUUGAGGGAGAAGUUCAACACUGUUGUAAGCCGGCUGAGGUCCUCUAUGUGGCCAGUGGGUUACUGAGACUCCCACCAGCCCACCAAGGUUCUGCAGGCUGUUAAAGGGGUUGCUAAUUGUCUGUGGGCUGCUACAGUCUUUUGGGCGGGUCAGGAGGGUGAUGGAUGAUCCUGCUGAUCUCCAAGGUCAUGGGACAAGGAAGAGGGGAAACCAUCGAUACUGCCUGCACUAAGUCUGUAGAGCCAGAAGGAGGCUGAGGCCAAUCAUCUUGCUGGCCCCCAGGUCUGUGGGGAGAGAAAGGGAGCGAGGUCAGUAAUCCAGUUGGCCCCUAGGUCUGUGGGGCGAGGUCAUGUAUUUUUGAAAGUUGCUUUUUUGUUGUUGUUGUUUUUAACUUCACACAUUUAUUUUAUAAAUAGGCACUUCUCCAAGUCAAGGGCAUCUGAUACUGGGUAGGAAAUAUAGUACUACCUAUCUAACUAAUAUUUCAGUGGGGGGAGAUAUAGUAAAUAAAAUUUAUUAUAAUAUCCUGGUAGUAAAUGCUGUGAAUGAUAACUGAACAGGUCAGGGGAGAAACAAUGAUGUGGGAAUGGGACGUAUGCUAUUUUUAGAUGAAGUAGUCAGAAUUCUUCUUUCAGAGGUAACAUUUGAGCAACUGAAUUGAGAGAGUAAACCACAUGAAAGUUUGGAAGAAGACAAUUCCAAAAGGAAACAUCAAGUGCAAUGACCUUGCUGGGCUUGUUGGAGCAGGCCUAUAAUCUCAACACUCAGGAGGCUAAGGACUCGAACCAAUGAGAGAAGCAUAUGGCACUUGUGAAGAUAAAUGUCAUUGCUCCUUCUUUACUUGGAACUCCUGCUUAGGACCUGUAUGUGACUUUUCAUCUGAGAUCUGUUCUCCCACUAGCUACUGACUUUGAUUACAGGAAGGCUUCUGAAGAUUCGUAUCAAAUGACGUCAAUGGCCAGCUUGUUUUCUUUUACUAGUCCAGCAGUCAAGCGAUUGUUGGGCUGGAAGCAAGGUGAUGAGGAGGAAAAAUGGGCAGAAAAGGCAGUUGAUGCUUUGGUAAAAAAGCUAAAAAAGAAAAAAGGUGCCAUGGAGGAACUGGAGAAAGCCUUGAGCAGUCCAGGACAGCCAAGCAAGUGUGUCACUAUUCCCAGGUCUUUAGAUGGACGCCUCCAGGUUUCUCACAGAAAAGGUUUACCACAUGUUAUAUAUUGUCGUGUGUGGCGGUGGCCUGAUUUGCAGAGUCAUCAUGAGCUAAAACCAUUGGAUAUUUGUGAGUUUCCUUUUGGAUCUAAACAAAAAGAAGUUUGUAUCAACCCAUACCACUAUAAGAGAGUGGAGAGUCCAGUCUUACCUCCAGUAUUAGUGCCUCGUCAUAAUGAAUUCAACCCCCAACACAGCCUUCUGGUUCAGUUUAGGAACCUGAGCCACAAUGAGCCGCACAUGCCACAGAAUGCCACGUUUCCAGAUUCUUUUCACCAGCCCAACAACACUCCUUUUCCCUUAUCUCCAAAUAGCCCCUACCCGCCUUCCCCUGCUAGCAGUACCUAUCCCAAUUCCCCAGCGAGCCCUGGACCAGGAAGUCCUUUUCAACUCCCAGCUGAUACACCUCCUCCUGCCUAUAUGCCACCUGAUGAUCAGAUGGGUCAAGAUAAUUCCCAGCCUAUGGAUACAAGCAAUAAUAUGAUUCCUCAGAUUAUGCCCAGUAUAUCCAGCAGGGACGUUCAGCCUGUUGCUUAUGAAGAGCCCAAACAUUGGUGUUCAAUUGUCUACUAUGAAUUAAAUAACCGUGUUGGGGAAGCUUUUCAUGCAUCAUCUACUAGUGUAUUGGUGGAUGGAUUCACAGACCCUUCAAAUAACAAAAGUAGAUUCUGCUUGGGAUUGUUGUCAAAUGUUAACCGUAAUUCAACAAUUGAAAACACUAGACGACAUAUUGGAAAAGGUGUUCACCUGUACUAUGUUGGCGGGGAGGUGUAUGCGGAGUGUCUCAGUGACAGCAGCAUAUUUGUACAGAGUAGGAACUGCAAUUUUCACCAUGGCUUUCAUCCCACCACCGUCUGUAAGAUUCCCAGCAGCUGCAGCCUCAAAAUUUUUAACAAUCAGGAGUUUGCUCAGCUUCUAGCUCAGUCUGUCAACCAUGGGUUUGAGGCAGUGUAUGAGCUCACCAAAAUGUGCACCAUCCGAAUGAGUUUUGUCAAGGGCUGGGGAGCAGAGUAUCACCGGCAGGAUGUCACCAGCACGCCGUGUUGGAUUGAGAUUCAUCUUCAUGGGCCUCUUCAGUGGCUGGACAAAGUCCUUACCCAGAUGGGCUCCCCUCUGAACCCCAUAUCUUCUGUUUCAUAAUACAGAAGCAUCCUUUUCAAUUGUAUGAGUGGACUUGUUUUAAUUUUAGAGAAACCUCCAGUACAGAUACUGUGGGUUGACAUGGGAAAACAGAUAUUACAGAUUAUUUUUUUCUACACAAUUGUGACCAACACAUUUAUAUUAUGUGAUGAAUCUACAUUUGUUUGUAUUCAUGUUCAUGUGAUUAACUCAGAAGUUCUGAAAGAGGCAGAGGAUUGUGCCCCCAUUGAGAAGUUUGGCGUUGAUCUUAGACUGGAACAUGCUUUUAUUUCCCCAGUUGCUCAUUUUUAAUUUGUUAAAAUUCCUUAAAGUAGUGCAUCACAUGGUGAAAAAGCGUAGUGUUAAGAGAACAUACAUAGUGAAAAAUAAGUCCUCCUUUCUUGAUCUUCCAGAAGCUAUUUCCUCCAAAUUCUUCAUCCUAUAAACUUUAAAAAAAGUGUAAUAUGUUGUUUUUCAAAAGCAUAUUUUAGGGGUUUAAACUAUUAAAAAGUCUUUUUUUUUUUUUGAAGGAACACUAUGCACUGCUCUAACAAGUGGUGUUCAGUAAAAACGAGGUGACAGUUUUCUAGAUGGCAUAAAAUUUACGUUUAAUAAUAGGUAAAUGUCAGUGUAAUGUGAUGUCAUGCUAUAUAACUUUUGUAAAACAUUUCCUUUUUUAAAAAAUUAUACAAGUAAUUGAUCUAUUAUAUGUCAUUUAUUCAAAAUCUGUCGUAAGUACAGUAUAGCUUUAUUGCUAGUGACAGUGCAUGCACGGUCCUAUUCGGCUGUUAGCUGUGUUGGGCCAAUGUCGCAAGAACUCUAAUUUUGACCUGCAUUAAUCUUUUAUUUUGCACUUUUAUGGGUGACAGUUUUUAGUGUAACCUUAGUAAAACAUACUCAAGUGACUUGGAUUUGAUGCUUAUCCUUAGUGGGCCCCUUUUGUAUUAAAGACACUGCAAUAUAGAUUACAGUUGUAGAAAGCUAUGCAGUUUUUAUUUUCAACCUAGGUUAUAACACAAGUAUUCUGCAGCCCCAACUAAGGUGCCUUUUAAAUUCCGUACAAUUUUAUGGAUGUUACUAAUGCUGGCAAAUCAUGUACCUAAUGAUGUUACUGUCACUUUGUAUCAUUUCUCCCCAUGCAGAGCCCUGGAGGUGCCAAGGUUGAGGCUACUGCUCUCGUAUUAAAUGAAUCAGCAGUAGGUGUUAGGAUAGCUGAUUUUAAAACACUCACAUAUCAAAAAAAGCGGACUAUUCUUUCACCGUCAGUGCUCUUUUUCAAAAGUACCCAGAUGGAUGCUAGUCCCACAGAACACACUCCUCUAGGAGAAAAGGCAUAAAACUCUGAAAUGUCCAUUGAAUCAGUCAUGCCUUUGGCACUGAUCAUAGGACUUUUAACCACUUUUUCUAGGGAGCAGUCAGGUAUAUCUUAGUUGUGGCAUGAGAAUGAAGAAAUUAUUGUGAAAAGAUAAAUGACCUAAGUUACUUAUCAAAAUGAGCUUUCUUUUCUGGUACCUUUUUAAAGCAUAUAGAGCUGUGUCAUUCUUCUGUUAAAAAUACUUUGGUUUGACUUUUGACUUUGCCCUUUCUGCUUUUAUGAGAAAAAGUGCAUUUUUAAGGAAAGGACUUUGUGAUUUCUUUUGUUUUCUGUGUAAUUAUUUAUUGCUUUUUCAAAGUGCAGCCAUUGGAUGGUUUUAGUUCCUUCUGAUGAAAUGCCAUUUGUGUGUCAGCCCACCGCAGUCCUUUGCUGGGUAAAAUGGAUUCUUUCAGUCAUCCGAGCCUUAAACAUAUAUGUUAUUUACAUGUAUUCUCACAUUUCCAAAGUUGGAUCAGCCACAUGCAAGAGAAUUACUUGCUUAUUGAUAUUAUUUAAGUAUUUUCUUCAUUCUUUUAUUUGGCAGGCUCAUAGCAAUCUUUAGAACAAAUUUAUAGAAAAAAAUCACUCAAGUUGAAUGACAGAUACAUAUAAUCAGCUUUUGUGGGUUCUGGUAAACUAGUGGAAACUAUUAUUUAAUUGAUGUUUUUUACAAGUAAGCUAAAAAUUUAUUUGUAGUCAUUGUGUAAUAGUCUUUAGAAGUUGUCCUUUUCCAUGUUUUUUUCAAGGAGUUUUUCUCAUGAGUUAAAGUAUUAAAGAUAUUAACUGUUAAGAGUUUCAUGAGAACCACAGGUGGACCCACCUGUAAUCUCAGCACUCCUGGAGUCUAAGGCAGGAAAUAACAAGUUCCAUCCUAGCCUGGGCAAUUUAUAGACUUCAAGUCGCUAAGGAUGCACAUGUAUCUGGGAAUAGGAAAUGAAAAUUAUUAAUAAUAUUAAAUAGAACUAAAAUUCUGGCCAACAAAAAGAAGGCAUCUUUAAAAAGAAGCCAUUUCAGAAUAGAGUUAAGUUUUUUGUUUGUUUUAUUUUGUUUUUGAGACAGGGUCUCAAAGGAGCAAUCCUCCUGCCUUAGCCUUCCAAGUAUUGGAAUCACAGGUGUGUGCCACUGUGUCUGGCUUUUUUUUUUUUUUCCAGGCAAGGUCAUGCCAUGCAGUUUAGGCUGGCCUUGAAUUCACUGUGCAGCCCAUGUUGGCCUCAAAUUUGCAGUAAUCCUACUGCCUCAGCCUUUGGAGUGCUGGGAUUGCAAGCAUUGCGCCACCAUACCCAGCAAGAUUUUUUUUAAAUCUAAAGAGUAGCUUAUAGUCAAAUUUAUGAAAACAGCACAUUAGAAUAAUUACAUUUUAUAGCAUUUAAAAUAUAUGUCAGCUAAAAGGUAAUAAAAUUGUAUCAUUUGGCAUAUGUAUAAAGUAGAAUAGAAUAAAAAUUAAUCUCAGUAAUGAAUUAAAGCAACAAGUAGAUGUUGGCUGGAAAAAGCAUGAUAAAGAGGUGUAUCUGACUGACAUUUCUUAGUGUAUUAAGAUCUGGUUAGUCUAAUAAACGGUGGAAUGCAAAUCAGUAGGCUUGUUAUUGGUCUACUGAAAUUCAUCCUUUGAAGAACUGUAAGAAAUCAGUGAAAAACAUCAAAUGUAUCCAUCAGAGUAUAAAUAAUUUUUUAUGUUUUGUGGUUGUUAUUUAAGAAAAGUGAUUAUAGAACUGGCUGGAUUCAGAGGGUGAAAUUCAGAAUAAGGUUACUAGAUAGUUCAACAAGCCACAUCUAAAUUACAGAUAGAGGAUACGCUAUUUUGUAUUUUUCAUAAUACUUGGGAGUAAGCAUCCUUCUGAGAUACUAAAUAAUAGGUAAAUCUUCAAACUUGAAAUCCACUGUCAGAAUAAGAUUUGGGGCCACCUUCCAAAAUGGCAUACGGCAUAUUAUCUGAGGGGUACCUGUGUGGAACAGCUCCUUCUCCAUCCAGUGUCCUUUUUCAGGAAAAGGUUUAUAUAAAAAUAAAAUCCUAUUCAAGCAGACAAAGUCUUAUGUUAUAGAGAACAUUUAGUAUACUAGUUUAGAUCCAUUUCAGUUUUUCCUUCCUUUUUCCUGCCCCCUCUCCCUCCUUUUUUAGUACUUUGAGUUGAACUCAGAGUGGGCUUGAAUUUGGAAUCUGACUGAUCCAUUUUCUUUUCUUUUCUUUUCUUUCUUUUGGUGAUACAAGGCAUUGAACCUAAGGCUUGGUGCAUGCUUUGUUUACUCUCUUUAAGUUCCCAGACUGGGUUCGACCUUGUGACCCUUCUGCCUCACGAUCCCCGACAGCAAUGAUUAUAGGCCUGCAUCGCCACAUUGGAGUUCCUUGUUGUUCUAGUCAUUUAGUUAACAGUGCUUUGGAUCGUUGUCACCUUUCUCACUUAAAUACAUUAAUAUCCUUUUUACUUCCUCCGAAGGAAGAUUCUUCUGAUAAUCAUUGAACUCAGCCUCCAGUGGUGCCUUACGUUUUAGACUUACUUACUUUAAAGACAUCAGAGUCCUUCUUUGUCUUACUAGUUACAUCUUUUCUUGAUCUCUGGGGUCUGAAUAUAUAUGUGUCCUCAGAACCAUCAGCUAGAUAAGCAAGAAUCUUUCAAGGUAGUAGAAAGUCUGAUGGUUUUUGAAAUGUUUAGUGAUUUGCAUAGGAAGGAGUUUUCCUAAGUGGUAGUUUUUAGAUUUUUUUUAGAUAGUAACUAGGCAGCUUUUGGGAAGAUAAUUUCCAGCUUGAUACCUGCUUUUCCCAGAGUAGCAGCAUUUUCUUUAUUGAAACAGGUAAAAUUCUUGAAGGUUUUUCUUAUCACAAAAUAUGCAUGUAUGGAAAGUAAAAAUUCAAGGCAUUUUUUUUCCCUUGUGGAAACAAAAGAAUUUACAUGUGUGAAACUUGCAAAAUCUCUUGGAAUCCACUGGAUUACAGUUUACUAUAUCCUGAUAACAUGAGGUAACGGUAUUUAUCAAGCCUUUGUUGUACCAGAUUACUCACAAAAGAAAUGUAUCUCCCCAGUUGGGGCUGCUCAGAGGCAGACCUUUUACCUAGAUGCUGGAGGCCCUGCAUUCUGUCCCUACUGACCACAGUGAUGGGCUGGGGGAAGACCUUCUAUAGUUCCUAAAAUACGCCUGUGUUAUGAUUGAAAUGACAUGCUAAAAUUUGAUAGUAUACCACAACCAAUGAAAGUAUUUACACAAUGAUAUUUUUUGGUAGUGGAGGAUUUUUAGGUAUGAAUACAUGCUGUAAGAUUGCUGGCAGCAGUUGCUAUGAAAUAAGUGAGGAGUUACUUCAUUAUAAAGAUCUAGUUCUAGAGCAGGGUUCUUUGAUCCUUCAUGGCAGAGUGAAACAAAGUUAUGUGAUUCUUGUCUAAACAUCUCAGUUCUUAAAAUUACCAUAAGCCAUUAUCCUUUAAGGAUUUAUUUAAAGUUGCUAUAUUUAAAAUGUUAAAAAUUUUGUGUACAGUAGAUUUCUCUCCCAUCAAUAGCACCUUUUUAAAUACUAGCUGGUGUUAGCUAAACUCCUAUUAGGCCAAAGAAUCCCACAUUUCUAAUAAAUAAAUACAUUAGUAUCAGAUUGUCCCAUUUAAUACUAUUGGAGAUGUGGCUUGUUGUACUGAUAAAAGUAUUUUAACUGUAGGGACUCUUGGUAAUGGUUGGCGGAGUGGUAUUCAUUUUGACCUGGUUGAAAAUUCAUUUAUUUUAAAUUCGGAUAGGAUUGUAAUUAUGAAAUCUGAAUGUGUGUAACUACCCACAUUCUCUUUUAACAGAAUAUUUUAUGUGCAAAUGAUAAAACACCAAAUUGAUGGCUGCACUCUUGGUCUGCUUAUUUGUACUUGUUCUGCUUCUGUUUAUGUUGUAGAAAAUGAAAUUCUAGUAACAUGCUUCAGUUCUAUUAUCUUUUUUGAUACUUACAAAAAUGUAUUAGGUUUUACUAUAUUGUGCUUUUCAAAGCCAUAACUCUAAGAAAUUUGUUGUUACAUUUUGUUUGCUAAAUUUUAUUUUAAUAAACCUCAAAAUCUUC